CAAGAAGUCAUGCGCAUCCCGGUCCAUUGAAUCUCCGCAUUUUGGGACGUCGCGCGAUGAUCGUUACAUCUCCCUUAGUUGCGACGGGAGUUCUUUAGUGCCGAGGUAGGUCCAACGUCGAUGGACAGGAGACGAAUACAAAAGGCAUCAACAUCCUGCUCGAAAGAAAAGUUCUUCCCCUGAUCAGUACGCAAAGCAAGACAAUCAUUUACAUCGCAUUCUUUCACUCCAAACAACCCAUCAACAACCAUCAAGAUGCGUUUCUCCCUCAUUGCCGCUGCCCUGCCUCUUUUGGCUGUGGCCUCCCCGGUCGUCAAGCGCGCCACUGACGCCGACGUCACCGCCAUCAGCACCGCCAUCAGCUACAUUGCUGGCAACAUCACCAAGCUCGACAACCAGAUCAACAAGCUCGGUGUCAAUGACACCAUCGGUGGUCUCUUCACACUCUUCUCCACCGGUGAUCUCCAGAAGGCCAUCACCAACACCGAGACUGUCGUCGACGGCGUCAGCGGCCAAUUCGAUGACAACCAGUCCGGCGCCCUCGCCAUCCCGCUCACCCAGCUCGUCCCGAAGGUCGUCGGCCUCCUCAACGACAUCGUCAAGGCCCACCCCAAGAUCCGCACUGCUCUCCUCGGCGGCGACGCCUCCUUCAUUGUUGCCAUCAACCUCAAGGACAGCUACACCAAGACCCAGUCCUUCGAGGGCAAGCUCGUUGCCAAGCUCUCUGCUCAAUACCAGGCCAUCGCUCCUCAGGUCACCUCCCAGAUCGACACUGCCUUCCAGGCUGCCAUUGCCGACUACUCUUAAAUUAUUCUUCGAAUUUGAGAGCCCUCAGCCGUGACUAAGUGUAGCUCUUCACGCGCAUUGGAUUAUGCUUUGCUGUGAACCACUUCAGUGUGUGCUUCACAGUCACUGCAUGGGAUGAAACGAUAUCAUGGAAUUCUAACUGCUUCGAUGUACUAUCUUCGAGAAGAAAAGGUUACGAGUUAAGAACCUUUAUACCACAAUAAUACCACAUUCAGUCACACCUGAU